AGAGGUAGCUUGGUUAAUGUUUCUGGAGAAUCUUAUGGAAGACAAGCAAUUGAAUUUUAACCAACCACUUCUUUCUGUGAGGCGCGUCUCGUCAACAGUGGCCUCAGAAAAAGAUGUUAAAAGGAAAACACGUAAUCCCCACUGCAAUAUACCUCCUGUUCCUUCUUACGAAUCAGAGUUGAAAUCAGGUCCAGUGACCAACCCAGGUGUUGUUCCAUUUAUCUGGGAACAGACCCCUGGAAGACCAAAGGAUGAAAGCAAACCACAAACUCAUGCUAUUGAUCGACCUCCCAUUGUCCCAAAGCUCCCUCCUGGGAGGAUUUUGACAGCUAAACAAUGGCAUUCUGAUAAUGUUCCCGAAGAUGAAAGGGUCACCAAGCAUCAAGGAGGAAAAGUACCUUCUGGUUCACAGCGCGUUCCAUCUUUGGAUGAAAAUGUAACUAAACUGGAAAGUUCCACAGAUAUAAUGGAGGCGAAGGAAAGCUCUGAGUCAGGGGAUGAUGAGGAAACAUAUUUAGAUGCACGUGAUACACUAUCACGAACUGAAUCAUUCUUCUUGAACUGUAGUGUAAGUGGUUUAAGUGGAUACGAUGGUCCAGAUGUUAAACCAUCUGGAACUUUUUCGACUGAUCCACAAACUCGAGACUUUAUGAUGGGACGGUUUCUACCCGCAGCCAAGGCAAUGGCUUCAGAAACACCUCAAUAUGCUCCCAGGAAACCUUUGGUUUGGGAGCAACCAAGACAGGUGAAGAAGCUAACCACUGGGAAUAAGCCCACUCAACUUCGAUACGGGCCUAACAUUUUACCACACUAUGCCCAAGAUAAUGAGGAAGAAGAAAGUGAUGAUGGCUAUGAUGACCAUGCAAAAUUAUCAGCCAAAGUUUGUGGGUUAGUACCCCGGUUUUGCUUAAAAGGUUCAUUUGGCCUAUUAAAUCAAGUACCAGGGAUGAGUGUGAGGACCCGCGUACCCAUGUCUCCUGUCAGUAGAACACAUCCUCGAUCUUCAUCAUCUGGUUCUUAUGGUGAAACUGAGAAUGAGCACACCAGGGUUACUAUUUACGAGCAAAGAUCAGUCGAUGGACUUGAAACAACUGUGUUGCUGGAAGAUCAGAACAUCUUGAAGAACGAGUCUGACCAAAUUGCUUACCAGAAAAAUUCUCAAAAAUUGGAUGGAUCAUCCCUGUACAGGCGUUUGCAGGGUAGUGGCUUGUCACCCCACUGUGAUGAGUUACCUCAAUCCCCCUUUCUUGGCGUUCCCAGAGAAGCACGUAAUACUGCAGUCAGUGGUCUGAGUUCACAUAACAAAGACCGUAACUUUCGGGAAUUAUUGGCUGAUAGGAGCAUCAAUCAAGAAACAGACUCGGCAAGUCCUACGGUUGAGAAAACCCUUUAUGUAGAUAUUGUACAUAAGGUGGAAUCUCCAAAUUUGGAUUUAUGUUCUUCGCACAUGAAAGAGCUUCCCAGUUUGAGAGAAAAUGACUUUGAGAUUCUUUCAAACAGUAAGGGAAUGGAAGAAACUCAGUCAGCAGAUUCAUCAGUUAGGGAUAUUGAGAACUUGACUAUUGUGCAUGAACAGUCAACAACACAUCCCAAAUUUCAGAAAUCUGCUGAUCUGCUAUCUUCCGCUGACAAAUUAGAUCAGGAAGCGGUAAUGGAACUGGAGGUUUUCAAACCAGCUCAAGACCUCUGCCAGGUUUCAAUUACCUCAGAGAAUUUCAAAGUACCUCGCAGUGUAAACCCAGAUUUUGAAGUUCAGCACCCUCAGAAAGAUGACAUAUUUGAAAACUCUUAUGGAAGCUACUCAGAAUUUCCUGCGCCCCCACCUUUACCAAAAUCUCCAUCAGAUUCUUGGCUUUGGCGUACUUUGCCUUCCAUGUCCUCAAAAAAGUUAAACCAGGCUAACAAGAGAUUGUCUGUUGAUCCCAAGUGGGAAACAACAGUUAAAACUACCAAGGUGCAAAACCAGCAUGUACGAUUUUCUGAGGUAAGCUAAUUCAUUCCUUAUCUCUACAAGGGCGAAAACUGAGCUGCACUCACAAUUAUACCCAUUCUGGCAGGAACUAAGGGCGCCUAUACCAGAAACUCCAUAGAAGCCUCUUCUAUAAUGAAAUCUUUCAUCGCAUCCAUAUGCUAUGGCUAGCAAAUCCAUUUCUUCAACGGGGGUGAGAACUAUGGGGCUUCCAUUUUUUCCCUCCUGAAGAAGUGAGGUGAGAUUUGAAUGGGAUAUACUUGUUAUGGUGGCAUCCUCGUCUCAAAGUUGAAGAGUCCACAGAUACGAACGCCUGCUCAGCCAAUUAGCUAUGACUUACACAGCCAAGAUGCCAAUUUCAAUCUCAAAAGUGGUUAAAUCAUAGAUUGAAGCAUUUGCAGUGAAGGCAAACAAAUGUGUAACUUUAAAUGGCGUAUUCAAAUAGUCGUCAUGUUGAACAAAAUGGAUUUGUUUGAUUGGCUAAGAAGCUAACAAUCUCUAGGCACGACUUGGGAUUGAGUCUCACCAGUCCUUCUCCUUUCCUUUCGCAAGAGGGUAUAUAAAAAACCCCUCGUCAUUUUCUGUAGUUGAAAUGGUUUU